UUAGCUGUAAAAGGGAGUGAGAUUUCACCUCACCAGCCUCGCGCCCAGCUCCAUCCCCAGGAAGCGCACAACCAUCUUCUCAAAGCGGCUGGAAAACCACCAAGAAGAUGGCACAAACGCUGACGCCGGAGCAGAUCAAAGAGUACAAGGGCAUCUUUGAGAUGUUUGACGAAGAGGGGAACGGCUUAGUCAAGACGGCGGAACUGGAGAGGCUCAUGAGCUUGAUCGGCAUCAACCCCACCAAGAGGGAACUGGUAUCCAUGGCUAAGGACGUCGACAAAGACAGUAAAGGCAUCUUCAACUGUGACGGAUUCCUGGUGUUGAUGGGCAUUUACCAUGAAAAGACAAAAAACCAGGAUGAAGAAUUAAGAGCAGCCUUCAAGGUCUUUGAUAAAGAACACAAAGGCUAUAUUGAAUGGAACACACUGAAGUACGUGCUGAUGAACGCUGGAGAGCCCUUGAAUGAACAGGAAGCCGAACUCAUGAUGAAAGAAGCAGACAAGGACGGGGACGGAACCAUCGAUUAUGAAGAGUUUGUGGCGAUGAUGACUGGCGAAUCCUUUAAACUGACCCAAUAAGGCCCAUGGGAAGAAAUGCAUUCUUGACUACAGCACCCUCAUCCGCUCCCUUCCUGCUCAAGCAGCUUUACUUCUUGCACUGUAAACAGACAAAAGAAGCAAGCCUCCUGGUGUCCGGAGAGAAAAGAAUAUAUCGGCGUGCAACUUUCUGCAUCCUGACAACCAAGCAGCCAGCAGAGAGGCGGGGGAGAGUGCAUCUACAAUACAGAUUUAAACUGGUUUCAAAGAGUUAUUCUGUCGCCCCGCAAAGAGAGCCGGGCUAAGUUUCUCGAACGGAGAAUUCUCCUUCAACAACAGUUCCCACGAUUCUUGGGAGAGGCACCUGCUAUCCAAACUGGCAUCCAGUCCGCAUGGGGUGGUUGCGAGGAUGGCUGGCAAGUGGCAAUUUUAACCACUUUGGGAAAAUCAGACGUGGGAAUUGGACCGUUUACCCUCAUUUCAGAUUCAUGUUAAUAAAAGGUUAAUGAAACCA